AUGACUGUCUUGGAAGUUUCCCAAUCAGACAACUGUGAGCCAAUUUUCAUGGGUCGCGGUCGAAGGUCAAACAAGGCCAAUCGAUCGGGCGGUCGCAGCAACGGCACGGCUGCCUCCAGAGACCCGCGAGUUAGGCCACAAGCGACAUCUCGUAACUUGUACGCAAGCUUGCAAGACACCGAGCAUCAUGGUGGUGAGGUCAAUGCAGACCUGAGCGAGCGAUUCUGUCGCGCCACUCCCUUCACGGGCAGUUCAGUUCCCAACGACAAUGUCCCUGCGUCUGAACCUGUGCGCCCAAACCAGGACAUCCGCGACUAUCUACAACUGGCAAAGAAGCCUGUCAUUAGUGGUGCUUGGCUUAGAAAACCCGAGAUCCCGACAUCUUCAGAAGUCUUAUGUGUAAAGUCCGACUUUAGCAACAGCGAGCAAAAUCUGAUCGAGAUUGAAGAGAAUAUCCGCCCGCACAAGAUCGAAGGUGCUUACGAGAACAAAGAAGACUACCUCAGAACAACAUACGAGCUUCUACGCGAAGAUGCGAUCCGUCCACUGCGAGAGGCUCUAGAUGAGUUCCGCGCAGACCCAUUCAAGGACGAGGCCGAAUACAACAACCAAGGCAUCGGCGUAUACGAUCCAGUAUACAUCACCUCGGUUGUUUUCUCGCCGCGAGGCCUGGCAACACGCGUCGCGUUCUCGCUUGGCCGCGUCAAAAAGCACGUUCGAUGGGAGCAGUCGAAGAGAUUAGUCACAGGCACACUCGUCGCGCUAUCGCCUACCGAUAAUGCCUUUCAGACCCAGUGCGCUCUUGCCAUCGUUGCAGCACGCCCUCUAUCCGCGCUUGAGCAAAAUCCACCCGAGAUUGAUCUCUUCUUUGCUCGUCCCGAGGACCAAGAAAUUGAUCCCAUGCGCAAAUAUAUGAUGGUGGAGUGUCGCACAAGCUUCUUCGAGGCGAGCCGACAUACGCUAUUAGCUCUUCAGCACAUGAUGCGAGAGACAUUUCCACUGUCCAAGUAUCUCGUGUAUGCUCAGAAGGAGGUUGAGCCCCCGGCAUAUAUCAAACACAACCCGUAUGUCAAUCUGAGCUCCCUCGUGAGCAUGGAGGAAAGCGCAGAAUAUGAGAAUGUGAACGUCUUGGAGGACUGGCCAACCAUGUCCUCGCACUCGCUCGACCGAUCGCAGAGCAAAGCUCUGAAGCGUAUGUUGACAAGCGAGUUGGCCAUCGUCCAAGGCCCCCCUGGAACCGGAAAGACAUUCGUGUCUGUUGUUGCGCUGCAGAUUAUCCGGGACAACUUACGCAAAGAGGAUUCGCCUGUCAUCGUGACGGCUCAAACAAACCACGCACUGGAUCAGCUGCUUCGCCAUACAUCACAGUUCGAGCCAAACUACAUCCGACUGGGAGGAAGAAGCAAGGACAAAGAAAUCAAGAAGCGAACACUGUUCGAGGUCCGCUCGGCAAUAUCUCAGCAAAAGCAGCCGGGCAGUCUGAAGGUGCAAGCUAAUAUAGCCAUGAGGAAGCUUACAGCUCAAUGUCAGCUGCUGCUCGCACCGCUAGAGGCAAACAAGGGCCCACUUGAUCAUAAGCUCUUGUUGAGUCUCAAUCUAAUUACGGAGGAGCAAGCAGCAUCGCUCGAGAUGGAGUCACAGUGCACCAUGGGUAUAUCUGCUACCGAAAACCCUGGAAUCCUGAUGGAGCAAUGGCUAGGCAGAUGCAUAGCACCUUGUGAUCGACCCAUCGGACCGGAUCAGUUCGAUUGGGGCUAUGAGGAGGAGGAGGACUUCGAAGUGGAACAACUCAAGGAGCUGGAAGCAGAAGCAGUUGCACAGGACGACGACGACAUCGAGGCGCUUCGCGGUCAGGUCACCCUCCUCAGCGACAACUACAGAGGUACCGGCAAAGGUUUGAGCAACGCUGACAUACAAGACAUGUUGCGCAAGAGUGACGAUAUGUACACGAUUCCAGUAGUCAGCCGCGGUGCCGUAUACAACUAUUUCAAGCGGGAAGUCAAGAAGAAAAUUACGGCUGCAGUCCGCGGGAUCUGCAAGCAGUACCAAGAUACCGUUGACCAGCGCAAGGUUGGCCAGUGGGAAGAAGAUGUUUGCGUUUUGCGCAAGGCACGCAUCAUUGGCUGCACAACUACCGGUCUUGCAAAAUACCGCGCUUUGCUCUCAGGUCUUCGCCCGCGUAUCUGUGUUGUGGAGGAAGCAGCCGAGACUCUUGAAGCACCGAUUACUGUCGCUUGCCUUCCUACUCUCGAGCAUCUUGUCUUGGUUGGCGACCAUCAGCAGCUGCGACCGCACACUCAAGUGCGCGCCUUUGAAGACGAGCCGUACUUCUUGAACUUAUCACUUUUCGAGCGCCUUGUCUCGAACGACGUUGCCUUUGAUACGUUGACACGACAGCGCCGUAUGAUACCCGAGAUACGUCGUCUCUUGUACCCGAUCUAUGAGGAUACAUUGAAGGAUCAUAAGAUGGUGAAGGAUGUUAGCAAUCGCCCACCUGUCGAAGGUAUGGGUGGAAACAACAGCUUCUUCUUCUGUCACGAAUGGCCAGAGUCCCGGGACGCCAACAUGUCGGCAGUGAACACUAUGGAGGCUCAGAUGCUAGUUCAAUUUCUCAACUACUUGGUGCUGAACGGUGUCGAUGCGACCAAGAUCACAGUUCUGACAUUCUACAACGGUCAGCGCAAACACAUAAACCGGGAGCUGAGGAAGCUGCCCGAUUUGCGAACAGUCGCGGGUAUACAGGUCGUUACGGUCGACAGCUAUCAGGGAGAAGAAAACGACAUUGUGCUGCUUUCUUUGGUACGCUCGAACCGCAACCAUUCGAUUGGCUUUCUGAGUUCUGAAAAUCGCGCCUGUGUGGCCCUUUCUCGAGCCAAACGAGGCUUCUACAUCUUCGGAAACGCAGAGCUUCUUGCAUGCGAGAGCGGCACUUGGGCCUCCGUCGUUGACAUCAUGUACAGAAACAAGAAGUCUCCAGUGACGACGGGCCAAGAGAGACGCCUAGGGUACCGGUUGCCGCUCGUAUGCAGCAACCACGGACAAAAGAUAUGGUGUGAAUAUCCAUCAGACUUCGACCUUAUCAAAGGUGGCUGUGACAAGAAGUGUGAAGGAUCGCUUCCGUGCGGACAUCGGUGUCCAUUUACGUGCCAUCCGUUUGAGCAUGACAUGAUCAACUGUACACAAAAAUGCUCCAAGCGUGUGGAAGCUUGCGGUCAUCCUUGUGUUGCGGAAUGUUGUGACCCAUGUAAAUGCACAGUCUGCGAGCGUCGCAGCGGCGGCGUGAAGUCAACUCUGAAACCAGCAAAGAAUGGAGCGACAUCGUUUCGCGCCCCGCGCUCUAAUACGCGUAAUGCUGUGCUCGAAGACAUGGUUUUGAGGCCCGGACCAUCUGCGCCCGUCACGGAUGCACGCACGCCGCGCAUGGCAUCUGGACCACUGGUAGACCGUGUCACAGAGCAAUGGGAGCCGUACGUAAACGGAGGUGCUCAAGAAGAUGAUCAGCGAGUCUUCGAGAUGAGGAAAGAGCAAGAAGCGCGUUACCGUGCACAGAUUCGGUCUUCUACCCCAGCAGCUGGACCUUCUUCUGCAGGCGAACAGCUUAUUCAAAUAUCUCCGGAGAAGAAGGCAACUGUAUCCAAGAACACCAACUUGCUGCUUGAUCUCGACUUCGAGCCUCUGCCCGUACAGGAACGUCACGAUGUGCGUCGCUCGUCUGCGGAUCCUGCGGUGUCGAACGUCGCUAAGAGCACCUACAUCAAUCUCCUUGACUAG